AUGCUCUCAUCAGCAGUGUACUGUUCAGCUGUACUGUCUUUUAUCGUCGUAUCGAGUUGCAUAGGUGUCGGAUGGUUGAUCAUCCAGGAAAUCCAUUUCAUGCACAAUGAAGUCAUGGAGAAUAUCGAAGAAUUCAAACUAGUUUCUGAAGAUGCAUGGUCUGAAAUGAUGGGUUUUGGAAGUGAUGAGAUGAAACGCUCACCGUUCGCGAGGUUCACUGGUAGACACAAAAGAAGUGACAACAUUUGCUAUUGCGGUCUACCAAAACGUUCUUGUCCACCGGGUCCAAAAGGACCACCGGGAACACCGGGAGAGCCAGGAGAAAUCGGUCCAGAUGGAGCGGAUGGACCUCCAGGACCUCCACGAAGGGCAACCAACAAUCUUGAUAUUUAUCCCAAAACAUGCAUCCGCUGUCCGCCUGGCCCGCCAGGUGAGGAUGGUCCGACUGGUUAUCCUGGACCUCCUGGUCUACCGGGUGAAAUGGGUCGUGUAGGACUCCCGGGUGCAAAUGGAGAACCGGGACCUAGAGGCGACGCAGGAGAACCAGGAGAGAUAGGAAUGACGGGACAGGCAAGUGAUGGCGUUCCUGGACCACCUGGCGCUGACUGCUUCACUGGCCAAGGUGCGCCAGGUAUUCCUGGCAGGCCUGGUUUACCUGGAAGGCCUGGAAUACCUGGAAUGGACGGAGAACACGGAUCCUGUGGAGAGCCUGGCGCAGAAGGACCUCAAGGGUUCCCUGGAUUGGACGGCCUACCUGGGUUCGAUGGACUUCCUGGACCGGUUGGUUAUGCAUUAUCUGGCAAUUCUAGCACGACAUUAACAUCAACGUUCCCAAUUAAGGCAGGAGAGCAGGGAGAGCCAGGAAACGAUGGCGACUACUGCAGUUGUCCUGUUCGCGGAACAUAUUCAGAAAAGAUCAAGUCUAGGUAUUGA